UUUUUUUUUAUAUUGAUUACACAAACUUGAAGGAGAGCUUGGGUUUCUAUUGUCCCCCUCCUCUCCUCUCCCCGUAAAUGACAUGCGUUCAACACGCGAUAUAGGAUCAUCGACCUGAAGCGGAGUUAUAAACUUGAAGGGAUAAAAAAAAAGUUUAUUUUAUCGUUCCUCUAUAAAAAGAGGAGAGCCCCAAAGAGACAGUUUUCUCUAGACAGUGUUCUACUACAACCAUGUUUGAUAUCGAUUUUCCUCCUGCUUCAACCACAUCCAAGCUUUCAGCCUGUCCAACUGAAAAGAUACCACAGACCACCGAUUGGAUUUAUCAAGAUUUCUUGUCGACCGUCCUUACUGGAGACCAUGCAACAGCCACUCUCUUGCCUCCUUUCACCCGUCUGUUUCCGCAUGAACAGUCCAACUUGCCUUACUAUAAAGAACAAGUAUUGGAACAGCAACAUAGCUUAUUCAAGCACUUGCACCACUACCGAGACAAUGAGGAGGAGGAGGAGGAAGAAGAGGAGGAGGAUCAUUUUACGGUGAGCAGUAUCCAUUCCGAUGACGACACAGAUCUUGACGCGUCUGAUAGUGAAGAUCCCUCCGAAACGACAGGCCGCCGUCCGACGUCCGUUUGGGAUGAUGACUCCAUACUAGAGGAGACGAUACCGCCUGUCCUUAUUGAAUCCAACAUUUCUUCCUCCGCUUCCAGCUCAACCUGUACUUUCACUUCAACAACUUCAACAACAACAACGAAAGAGGGACCCUCGACAGUCCAUGGAAAGGUCCUCCCAGAUAAAAACGACCAUGUAUUAUGCACCACCCAUGUAACGAAAAGAAAGUCAAACUCCUCUCUCCAUUCCUUUAAAUCCAUGAUGAAUGACGUGUUGUUUCCUCGUCAUAAGAAAUCAAAAACAAGCCAUCCCGUCGUCGUCGUCGCCGCAGCCGCCUCCUCCUCGCCAGUGACGCAAGAACAUCCACCCUAUGCCCUUAAGAAAAAAUCAGCGCCCAUGGCAAAGACAAUGUCGCGAAAACUGUUUUACUAUCUAAAGCAUCAUCGUGCCUGAGUCCCCCCCCCCUCUUGACAGUCAUCUUUCCUUUUUUCAUAUACCAUCAUUGUAGUUUACUACAUUCAUU